GCGAGCACAGCUCAUUCAUUCACGUGCGAACCAUCCGCAAGCACCUGGGCGUUCUUGAGUCUGAGAACUUUCAGGAAAAUGGAUGAUCCGCAAGAAUUGCGCCCAUUACGCCGUGGACAGCUCCCUGAAGGUGCUGUGCCGAAUGUCCGUGAGGAUGAGAAGCCGGCAGACAGUAACAGCCCUCCAGAGUUCGACGCGCCAUUCUUAAAGAUCGCCCUGGUAGGAGGAUGCAUACUGCUGGUUGCUGUCAUCGUGAUGGUCACCAGCAGGGAGGAAGAGCUGCGCCAUAAUGCUACUAUGGCCCGCGGCAGUUCUUCACCCGUCUAUGUACAUCAUGUCGUGAAGGGCAGCUCUGCUGAAAACAUCACGAACAUUAGCAGAACCAUUGGCCAACCCGCUGCAUUACCAAAGCCCGCAGUUCAAAUAUUGCACCAAGAAGAAAGCAAGGCUUCGAGAGCGGCCAUCGACAGAAUACUCUUGGAGGCUAAACCGCGGCUGUCGGUCCUUCGUCCUCAAGGAGCCAGACCUCUUUUGUGCGUGGUGUCUCCAGAAGCAAAACACCCGCUUCAGUUUCCCAAGAAGUACUGCACUCACCUUGUCUAUUCCGAUGUCGAAUACGAUCUCCGAAACACCACCUUCACUCCCGUUUGCGAGGCCACAUUCGCCGUCUUACAAACGCUCAAGGCUGCCUCCGAGAUGCAGUUUCUGGUGAACAUGGUCCCACGCACCCUUAAAGCCUUGACUCGAAAGAGCGAAGAGCGAGUACGCUUUUCGGACGCGGUAUCACGCUGGCUCACCUCAUUCGGUUUUAACGGCGUUGCAUUUCUCGGUCAAAUCGAGGAUUCUGCCUCACUUGAAGCCCUUGUGACCACUAUACGCUCUCUAAAUAGUGUUCUGGGACCACUCAAGCUUGAGAUCGCCGUCGGCGUAACAGUACAGGACUGGGAUGGAAACCCGAUGCUCGUUGCUCGAAGACUGGCUGCCGUUGGAGAGCACGCCGACUACCUUAUUCUAGAGACUCACUACCAGGGAGUCCUGAACGAGACCUGUCGCACGGCAUUCCCUUCAGUCUUCUACUCUGACGAUCGUCAUACGCCAUCCGUACCUAUUACUCACGCCUUGUCCUGGAUGACCAGCAUGCUUCUAGACCAGAAGUCACAGGUCAACACAUGUUUUUCGGUAACGCUUGCAGCGUUGCUCUUCAAAGGUGCCGGAAGUCCUCUGGCAGCGUGCAAGACCAGUCAUCCCGUCAGUUACAUGAAGAUCUGCAAGGACUCUCAAUGGACUGCUGGUGUCACUACUGACGUGGAUGUUUUGGCAGAGAAACGACUUGGCAACGGACAAGUGGAGUCUCACGAAGCACCUGCUCUUCUUGCAGCCAAGGUAUCACGCGCGAUCUCUAUGUUCCCGCUCUCAUGCGUCGCUGCUUACCAAGUGGAUAUGGACGAUUACGAAGGCGAAUGCGGGAAACCGUUUGGCCGACUGAAACUUGUACGCCAAGCACAAGUAAAGCCCAUAGCGAGCGACGUUCCUCCUUCUGAUAUCCCUCCAGGACCGGAGAUAGUCAGUGAGACUUCGCCCAUAGGUAGCACCGACAGUGAACGACGUCGACGAUGUAUGGCCCCUGGAAAAGAGUCAGCGCGCCCGUUGGUAUGUGUGCUGUCCGACCGAACCUCCGUACCUCGUAAUUUUACGAAGCAGCACUGCACGCACAUCGUGCUUUCCCUGCGACGGUAUCCUACAGUCGACGCCAUGCGACAUGUGUCGUCAGACGUAUAUCAGCGACUAAAGGGGCGUGACGUCAAGGUAUUGGUCGCUCUGCACGAGGAUGUUCUCCUGUACACAAGUGCUGAUAAACUCGCGGAGUCUACCGCUGUGUUGCUCAGGGGUACACAGCUCGACGGCCUGGCUUUCCUUUACGUCAGUCAGACGGCACCACAGCUUCACAAACUCAAUCUGAAGCUGCAGACCUUGCACAGUUUUCUGAAGGCAAGCGAUCUCUGUCUGCUGCUCAGCUUGCAGCUAUCCGGGUACAUCGCACAGCCACGACUCGUUGAUAAGGCGCUGCGUGACGUGUCGAAGAAUGUGGACAUCCUUGUAGUGAACAGCCACUAUCCUGGGAGCUCCGACGUCUGUCGAGCUGUGCACACGUCCGUGUACAAGCAGAGGCUAGAUUCUUGUGUUCCCGUCGUUGCUGUGGAAACUGCCUUGUCAUGGUUAAAGUUCAUCGCAUCCACUAGCGUUGAGGUACCAUACCUGUGUUUUUCGGUGGAUCUGCGCGUGUUCCGCUAUGCUGGCAAGGCGCCACUUGGCGUCUGCGACUCGGAGGAACAGCUAGAGUAUUCCAAAGUGUGCUCCGAAACAGGAUGGAGUACAGUAUACGAUGUCGCCACUGAUAGUCUCAUGCGACGUAAGGACACCGAGCUGGAGACAUUUGACACUGCAAGCUCUCUGCGGAGGAAGGUAGAAUCGGCCAUAGCAGAUUAUCCGAAAGCGUGCGUCGCAGCGUACAACUACGACUUCGACGACGUGGUCGGGUUUUGCAAGGUCCAGAGACUUCCUGGUAUUCGAGCAGCGCUGGAUCGAACGAUUAGGCCCGCUUCGCAAAUGCUUCGGGAGUACGAUGAACCAGUGUCGGUGCAUGGAGAUUCAUCAAGAGUGGCCUCUAAACCGCUGGUGUGUGUUUUAUCGCGGGUAACUCAUGGGGUGCCUGUCAUUCCACAAGCCGAGUGCACACAUGUCGUACACAGAGAAGCAUGGUACGACGUCCUCUCUGGAACUAUCCACAUCAAAGAAUCUUCCCUAGGUCUUAUAGCAGAGCGGCCCAACAUAAAACAUGUGGUAGAUCUGGGCGGCGAGAUCUUCCUCAAGAAUGUGCUGGGUGGUAAGCCGGUCGUGCUCGAAGAGAUAGCCGCAAACAUUGCAGUCUCGUCUCGACGAAUGCACCUCGACGGGAUGGCCAUUCUGGACUUCAACCGCACGUCUAAGACCAUAGCUUCGCUCGCCCCUGUACUGUCGAUAUUCCGAAAGGCGUUUUCUCACGACCUGAUCCUUAUCCUAGGAUUGGAAGUGCUGGACGGAUCCCUCCCAACGCGGACCAUGACAAGGCGCUUGCUGAACACCAUAAAACUCGCAGACAUCACAAUAUUUCAGACCCACUAUAGGAGUGGUCGAGGGUACUGCCAGGUGUCCUACCCUUCCGUGUACGAGUACAAGGAAGGCAACCUUGUUCCAUUGGCCACCGCUCUGGACUGGAUGAAAGACCUGGGGCUACCGCACACAUGCAUCUCCUUUAACAUGGCCGUGCUAGAAUUCGAGAGGCUGAACAGCGACAUCCGCGACUGUCAGAGAGUCUCUCCCCGGAACUACUCAGAGACGUGCAAUGAGAGUGGAUGGAAGAGGGAUGACGAGACAUCGGAGUCGUUCUCAGCGGUUCGCGAAAAGGGCUCUGUGUGGCAGUCUUUUGAAUCCGUCCAACUCCUCGGACAGAAGGUGGAACGCGCACUCGAUCAGCACCCAGGUGCCUGUGUGGCAGCGUUCAAUGUCGAUCUCGAGGAUGCCACUCAAGCUUGCGAAGCUCAUGAAAGAAGAUUCGCCCGAGUCUCCGCGAUUGCAGAGAGGUACGUGAAGACUGAAGCCACCGUUAACCUUGCGUACCAACAGCUUCCUCAAAUGACUGAAGGAAGAGCUGCAAUCGUGUCUGCGGAGCUUGUAGGUUCUCCACCGCUUCAUCCUGUUGACACUCAACCUUCGAGAACUGAGCGUCCAGUGGCGUAUGAGCGUACAAAUGAGAGCAAGCUUAGCGCAAGUCGUCCAUUCGUUUGCUUCAUGAGUCGUGAAUGGGUGGCAGCGAACAACCCUCCUCCGAGUCAAUGCACGCACGUCGCCUUCUGGCAAGAGACAGCUGGAGUGAAAGAACUCCUUGGCCAGCUGAAGCGGAGGGUGAAUUCUCAAGUUAAAUACCUACUUGCUGAAGAACAUUUCAUGGAACGGAACAAUACUCGGUUGGCACUUGCUGCUAGCGACUUCGACGGCGUAGCCAUCAUCAACCUCCGGAUCCGAUCCACCGCUGUUGAAGAUCUUGGUGGUUUUCUGGAGACCUUCCGCAACCUUCUGCCUAAAGAACACAUACUGGUCGUGGGACUGGAGGUGUUGGAUUUUCACCAGGACGCCGCCUUGAUUGCUAAGCGUCUAGAACACGUUCAGAAGCAAGCCGACAUUGUCAUCCUUCAGACUCACUUUAGGAAAGGGAGCUUCUGCCGAACGGCCUACCCUUCCGUGUACCUCCCAUCUAGUGACAACUGCAUUCAAACAUCGCCUAUUGUGAUGGUGCUCCGAUGGAUGGAGCUCGGGUCUUCCCCAAAUAUGUGCGUCUCCUUCAACUUUGCCUCGCUGCGGUUCCACCUUACACAAAGCCCGGGCAUCGGAGAACUGUGUCAGAAUGUGGAGGAGAUCAAAGAUUUGUGCGGUACCGAAGAGUGGCAGAAAUCGGAAGAAGGGCAGUACUCCCUGGCUGCCAGCCGUUACCUAGGAGAUAUCUGGAUUUCUCAUGAAACAGAACGGCUUCUUCAGCGAAAGGUCAGCGGAGCAAUGUCGAUCUACCCUAACAUAUGCGUGGCUGCUUUCAACACUGACUUCGACGGGGGCAGUAAAUGCCGCAAAGAAGCCUACAGCCGUGUGAACGUUACGGCCGUUGCGGCGGGCUACAAGGAAAAGGAUCUUAACAUUCAGAAACCCAACGUGGCGCGUCAGUGGGGACCCCUGCACAAGCCGAGGAAACUAGUGUGUGUCUGUACCGGUAGUGACAACCCAAACGACAUUCCGACAGACUACUGCGACUACUACGUCUACGGGUUUAUUGACUAUGACACCAGUACCUACAUGCACAUCUUCCCCGAUGUCGACAGCGUGCGGCUGAUGCAGAGAUUCAAGCGACCAGGAGUGAAACUAAUAGCAGCUAUUGUACCGCUGAAGUUUGCUACUUUCCUCAGAGACAUGGGAGACCAAACCAAAGGCGAAAUUUUGUUCGCCAAAAUGGUGGGCUGGUUGUUUGAAUACAACCUCGACGGAAUGGGGACGGUCUAUUUGAAGACGAGUUUGAGCGACUGGGACUGGUUGUCACACUUCGUCCAUCACCUAGGGUGCAAGUUACAUUCUGCUGGCUUUGAGUUCGUCAUUGGCGUAACAAUUACUGACAUGCAAGAAACGCCGAUGACAAAGGCUAUUGAAAACAUUAGAUUGAUAUCCAGGGCUGUCGACAUUCUCAUAAUUGAGAGUCACAUGGGUUACGAUUUCCCCAAGGAAUGCCACAUACACUUUCCAAGUCGGAUGAAACACACGGAACCGGUCCUGGGAGAUAGCAUCACUAUUGACAGUGUCGCCCAACACGUGAAGCUUCUCAGCGAUGCUGGCGUUGAAACACCCAUCUGCUUUUCCUUAUCGAUGGGAGUGCGUACCUAUGAACUUGAUUUGAGGAAAUCAGGUAGUGAAAAACCAGGGGCUGCAUGCGCCGUUUUCAAAUACGACAACUACAGCGUCACAUGCGACACCAUGGAACAUUGGUCCGUUCCCGUAGUUGAUGGUCACGCCAAGUCCACUUGGAGAUGGAAGCCAAACAUGGUACAGACCUACGACACCAAGGAAAACAUUUUCGCAAAGGUGCUAGUAGGCAACACACACUGUGCGGCUGUGUAUGAGGUUGAGCUCGACGACCCCUACGAUGCUUGUAAGUCCGGCUACAAAUUCCCGCGGGUCCAAUAUGCUCAUCAGACACUCGAGACCAUGGCUAAGUUAUGGCCAGAACCGAAGAAAACUGUCACGGCGGACGAACCGGUGUUGAUCUGCGUCGUUACUGACAAGAAGCCGACUGUAAACGCUCCUUGCGACCAUUUUGUGUACUAUGCUGCCCGUUACGUUGGUGGAGAGGUUGGCCUCGAAGACACGUCAUACAUCCCAUUACAGAGCUCUCCCAUGGCGCAGUUCUUGGGGCAAGGCGACAACGAUCGCCGCUUUGUUUCCCUCGCUCCGCAGAGUCCUUCGUGGUUCAAGGAGAUGGAACAAGACUACGCUGCGAUGACUGAAUUUGAGUCCUCCGUCCCUAAGUUCCUGCUAAAGCACGCCCUUCGUGGUUUGGCGUUCCUGAGGCUAAACAUCUACGACGAGGAUGCUACAGACAUGUGGCGCUUCUUGCAGAAGGCGCACUGCGAACUAUCUCGCACUGGUCGGAAGAUAAUGCUGGGAAUCCACCUUAAAGAUGACGCCUCACCCACACUCCUAGCUAAGCUCAACAUCUUGAGCAGGGCAGUGGAUGUCUUCAUUGUGGAAACUCACCUGGAACUCUUUCCCACCGCAACCAAGUGCGCGACUCGGUAUCCGUCCAGCAUGUUUGGCACCUUCGCCGACGCUGGUACCAUCCCUGUCCAGUUGGCCACAAAAUGGUUCAGCGCCCUGCCUAAGCCACAGCCCUUGCUCUGCUACUCACUUUCCAUGGCAGCCUUCCAGUUUGAUAAUUCGCAGACCCCCGUUGGGGGCCCCUGUCAUGGGGCCAAACUGGUCGACAUCAGUGAGACAUGCAAGAGAGGGCACCCACCUGCACAAGCCAGUCACUUGGCUGUCUCCAGUUUCCAGGCUAUGAGAAACACAUUAACCACGUAUGACUCCAAGACCGACUUAAUUCUCAAGGUCGACCUAGCAAACACACAGUGUUUGGCGGCGUACGAUGUGGACUACGAUGAUCCCGAGGGUGCUUGCGACGUCCCCUUGUCGCGCACGAAGAUGGUAAACGAGUCGCUCUAUGAAGUCGCCAAAUCCUACGAGCUGACUCGAGAAGAAUACGCUCCACACCGAGCAAUAAGGCCUCUGAGCACCGAACACAUUACGAUAUGUGUCUUCUCCGAAGAAGCCAAGUAUAUCGACCUGGUGACGUUCAGUGUGUGCGACUACAUUGCCAUCGAACACUUCGAGCUCGAUUCAGCGCUCAAGGUGUACGUCAACGCCUAUAUCUUGGAACAAGUUCGACGUUACAGCAACGAUAUCACGACGAUUUUCGUAAUGAUGGCGACUGCUGAGGGACUUGUGAGCAGGUAUAAGUCCGGGCAACGCAUCGACGACGUUCUCAAGGAACUGGUUGUGUACAUGACUGAUGCCGGGUUCUGGGGUAUCGCCUUUUCCUACAACAAGACCAUGCCUACAGAUCUUGUGACGCAGGCCGGCGUUCUGGCGAAAUUGCGUGACGCAAUGAAAAUGGAACAGAGGGCCUUCUACGAAAUCAUGUUGGUGGUACCAUUUACCACCAAAUGGAUUAUCUGGUCUCGGAGUGCCGUCUUCAGCUACGUGGACCAUAUCAUCUUCCUUACUCACAAUGAUGACGCCGAGGGACGGUGCAAGAUAAGGUUCUCAUCGAGCUACACUGUGGACAACCUCACCAUCUCCAACGUGACGGACGCUGCGAUACUUAUGGAGACCCUACGGAAGUCCAAUAGGAGCCUUCCUCACAUGUGUUUCUCCCUAAGCAUGGCUGUACUGCAGUUCGAUGGUACCAACGAGGAUUCAUACGUGGGUGAUCCCUGCACAAAGAUGUCGACCGUUCCUUAUGAAAAGGCUUGUCCGAAGGACGCACAUGAGGACGAUGCGGAGUCUGCCUUUAUGAAUAUGGGUAGCUACGUGCUCACCUACGAAGACGAAGAAACGCUCGCUAUGAAGAUGGUCGCCCUUUCCGGCUUUUUGCCCAGGGUGUGUGUAGCUACAUUUCAUACGGAUAUGGAAGACUUCAAGGGCGACUGCAACCACCGUCCCCACGCGUCACGUUUGCGAACCAUAAAAUACAGCCUAAGCAUACCGGAAAGUGUGGCAAACAGACCGCACCUGAAGAAUCCGUUGCUAUGCACUGUUGGAAAGGCAAAUAUAGUGAAGGCAAUCCAUACGGGACUCUGCGAUAUGUUCAUCUUUACUGACGUAGAGUACGACGAGGCAAACCAUUUAGUGAGAGCUGCCCACAACCAGGAAGCCUUCGCUGAAUUCAUGGCCUCCCACGAGGGCUCUUUGCACGAUCCAGCGCGACCCAAGCGAGCAGUUGCUUUGGAUGCGGGCCAACCGAAGAGUGGGGCGUACGGUAAUAUGAAGAAACUGGAAGACCUUGCUCUGCACAUGGCCCUCUGGCUCAACUUGACCAAAUUGGACGGACUGGCCAUAUUCGGCGACGUUCUGUCACAGGAACUGCUGAUACGUCACAUAUUUUUCAUGGAGAAAAUGCAUUCAGCCUUCGUGCAACGCAGACGUGAAAUAAUUCUGAUCUACGGCUCCUCCAUCGUCGAGGGAUACAAAAUCUGGCCGAAGUCACGCAUCGCAACCUACGUCGACGUGAUGGUCCUCAUGGUUCACCGAAACACCUGGACGAACUCUCCGUGCAUAAUAACGAUGCCGAACACGUUUGACACGACACCCGAGUCUAAGCAGGAAGACAUCUAUCGGAACAGUAUCCGCGGUCUGCAAACCGUCGUGUCCGUGGUACCGGCGGUUACCGUGUCCCUCCAACUGGCAGUACGCCAGUUCCGCACGGAUAAAAAAUGGGUGAUGCACGAAACCUGUCUCUUCGAAACUUGGAUCCAUUACGAAAUGACAUGUGGAGGACCUACAACGAGCGUGGGAAAUUUCAGCGGCUCCUACCAGGCGCGGGAUACCAUGACGUUCAGAACAUUCGAGACAGAGGAUUCCGUGCGAAUCAAGGUCACGCUGUUUAACGAAUGGGUGAAGGGUAUGGGCGUGGUCCUCUUCAACGUCGACUUUGAAAGUCCUUUCACCAACUGCAGCACCAUGAGGGACGACUUCUCCAGGCUAAAAGUAGCUCAUCGGACUAUGAAUUCAAAUAAAGGCAUCAACGAGGACAUUCCAGUCCCGUUUCCGCCGGUGUUUCCGAAUUCGACGGCCCCUGAACCAAUUGCCCGACCGGAUAGACUAUCAGACAACCCUAUGGCAUGCAUCUUCGGGAAGCACACCACUAUGUUUCCGAAAAACUUCCCCAGGCGGAUGUGCGACGCCAUUAUUCUCAUGGCAUUCACUUACUACGGCCCUUCCAGUAGUGUUCUGCAUAUCACCAACACCCGGGCGCUCAAUGCGUUCUUGUGGCUAGAGAUGAACAUGAAUAAAACGCCCCACUACUACCUCGGAUUCAACCCAGAGUCUUUCAAGCGUCGUUGGAUCAGCGAUCCUAGGAUUUUUCAGCACUUCGCCGAAAGAGUGGCUGCAAUGAUGCAGACAAGUGCACCCAGAGUUCACGGCAUCUUCAUUCAGCACGGGAUCCUCGUUGGUGACGACCCCCAACAUUUCUCAACCAUUAUCCUCCGUACUCGCAAAGAGGUGAAGAAAUUUCGACAUGAAGGCGUAUUCCUGGUUGGCAUGGCUGCACUGAUGCCCCUGUACCCCAGAGACUGGGAGCAGGUCAUGUACCUCGUACAUUACACCAAUAUAAUGGUCAUGUUGUCGCACCGGCUUGAGCCUUCGACAGGUCCAUGUCGUGUGGAAACCCCGUCCACGAUUCAGCGGAACGAGUAUACUCUGGGUAUCUGGAAGUGGACCCAGAGCGUCAUGGUCGCCAUGGUCAACCUCGCCCAUAGGAAAUCUCUGCCGCCUAUGUGCUUCAGCAUCAAUAUGGCAGUCAUGAACUACUCCGUCCCACCGUACACACAUGACUUCGGUGGAUUCUGCAACGACGAACAGUGGACAGGUUAUGCACAGAGCUGCCCAACAUUCGGAACCCCCACGUACGUGUCGUCCAGUAAGCUCACCGCGUACACUCGGACCCGAGAUGUCUUCAAGGCCUUCGAGACCGAAGACACUUUGAGAAUAAAGGCAAGUGUCUGAGAAGAAUGUCCAAGGCAAAAUAUAACAAGAAUAAUAAUAAUUCGGGGCUUUACGUCGCGAGACAACUGCGAUCAUGAGCGACGCCACAGUGGUCGGGUGUGUGGAUAAAUUUUUUGCCCAUCUGAGGGUUCUU